AUGUAUCCCAUCUCUCAACAGCAAUCUGCCGACUUUGAUUCUCAAUACCAUCAACAAUUUACCGAUGCUACUAGCUUGCAUCUUGCUCCAGGCUCAGACUACGACAAUACUACUAGACGACAUUCCGUAGACACCUACGGCUUAGCUGAAGAUGCAUCAAUCGCAUUGAACUAUUCCUAUCCGCCUAUUCAUCCAUACGACUACUCAGAGACGCAGGCACAAAUCCAGUUACAUGCUCCAGUCCCAGUCCCAGUCCCCUACGGCCCGCCUCACGUGCCAAACUCCUCUCGUCAAAUUACUCCACCAUAUGUAGAGCAAACGUACUAUGAUCACCACCUCCCAUACCCCCCUUCUUUAAAUCAAGCCCCCCCACCGGCCACAACCACCAAUACCGAUAUUCUCGAUUAUUAUGCGAAUGCGCCGCAACUUCUUUUUCCAACCCCCUCGGAACUUCUUACAGACCUCUCAACGCCGUCUGCUCCAAUCUCCGCAACUCUCUCCUCGUCCUUGUCUCACCCGGCGCAGCGUGAGCAGUCUCAAACUAGUGAACGUAGCAACGAGGCUCCUGCCUCCGCUGCACCUAGCACGAGUAAGACAGAGAGUCAACGCAAGGCACGGCAACGUGCCGUUGCCGAAGAGAUAGGUUUUAUUCCUACCGAUCCUGAUACUAUCUCGUCACACGAGAAAAAACGCCACUAUCUGGAAUGCCUGGAACAUUAUGUUCUAUAUUUGCACGAGCAACUGCGUCUCGUCAACACAGCUCCGCUUGACCUUGAGCGUGUUUCUACCUAUCGGGGUCUGAGCUCUCGCAGCAUCAGAACGUUGCUCGUGCACAUGCAAAACACAAACCGCCGCCUUCAUGAAAAUACGCUCGAAGAAGAGCAAGUGUUUUUGAAUCUCUCCGCUGAAGUAAUGGCGGCGCACGGAGCUGGCUUUCCCAUGAGACGACAUUCAGUUGAUGUCAUCGACCAAACAGCCAGCAGCUACCCAUCUGACUCCGCAAAUAUCGGUGCUACUACUACUAGUACCAGAGAUGGUGAUCGCGUAUUUUUAGGCACCGGCAUAUCGUUGAGCGGUGUUGACCAACGUCAGCUCGCCCCAGAGUAA